GGGCUUAAAACGGUCUCGAGAGACAUGUUGGACUCACCUUUUGCCGGUCCCCAUCUUUCCGUCUGAAGCCGGGGUAGCGUGACUUUCCGUUGGUUCCCUGUGGCGCUCGAAUUUGGCAGCCGCCGCUGUAUGCCACCACCAUUCAGGGUGGAGUCUCACCAUGCCUGUGUACGUCGACUCACACCCCGCCGACCUUUCCAGCCGCAUCGUCGGAGCUUCGGUGCCUUAUUGGGAAAUGCAACACAGUGUCAGGCGCUAAGCAGAGCCUUCCCCAAGCUAGAAUCAGAUCUUCUUUCUCCAGUCAGCGCCACGCCAGCGGACCAGAGCCCACCCAGACCGAUCACCUGUGAGUGGUCGUCGAUGGCCUUGGGAGCGGUUGUGGCAUCCGGGGUGAAAAAUGCUUGGCUAUGACAACAGUCUGCAGUGUGAGGGAUGGCCAAGCCUGAUCUCUCACAGAG